AUGAUAGAAAGCCAGAGUACGACUCUGUCGUCUACAGAAGUCCAGAGUGUGGAAUUCCGGGAAAUAGACAUCCAAACGCAUGUUUCCAGUUCAACGUUGGCAAAUGAACCUAUCAAGCUUGAUAUAGAACAUGCAGUAGUUGAGGAUGAUCCUCGAAUAUGGUCGAACGCGAAGAAGAACGUUGUAUUGGUCAUCAUAUCUGGGGCAUCAAUGAUCGCAGGUUUGUGUGCGAAUAUACAAAACCCUGCCAAUGCCCAAAUUGAGCAGCAGCUACACACCAACGGCGAGAACAUCAGCUUGAGUUUGUCUCUUUUCAUUCUCAUCCAAGGCAAUUUUCCUGUCAUGUGGAGCGCAAUCAGCGAGAUCAAGGGCCGCAAGAUAGUGUACCUUUUCUCCAUAGCACUGUUUACACUUGGGUCGGUAAUCGUGGCCAUAUCCAGAACGAUUGGUGUGUUGAUCGGCAUGCGUAUUCUGCAAGGUGCAGGGUCAAGCGCGGUUAUCGCUAUCGGAGCUGCUACUCUGGCCGACAUAUACGAGCCGCAUCAACGAGGAAAAAUGAUGGGUGUCUACUAUUCUGCACCUCUCCUCGGUCCCUCGUUGGGGCCAAUUAUCGGUGGUGCACUCACACAGGGCCUCGGCUGGCGGGCGGUUUUCUGGUUCCUAGUCAUCUGGGGAGGCAUAAUAUUCUCGGCGUUCCUUUUCUUGCUCAAGGACACUUUCCGGAAGGAAAGGAGUGUGACGUACCAGAAUGUAUUGAAGAGGAGGCUCCGAGAGCAACAGUCGUCAGAAGCAAAGGACGACUCGGGAAACAUUUCAGAGAAGGAAUUACGAGUGAAUGACGAAAACCAGACGAAUCCGAAGGACAUCGAAGCACAGCCAGCGGUCAUACCAGCAUUAGCCAUCAGAGAAGUAAACGAAGCACAGCCAGCGGUCAUACCAGCAUUAGCCAUCAGAGAAGUAAAGCUGUCUAUUGCUGAUGUCAACCCUUUUCCUCCAUACCUAUCGAUUCUCAGCCGCAAGAACAACUUUGUUAUCCUGAUACCAUCAGGUUUAAUUUUUGCAUUUAGCUUUAGCAUUGCAUAUACAUGCGCAAGAACAUUGUCGAUGUAUUAUAAUUAUGAUGCUCUGAAGACCGGCCUCGUCUUACUUGCAUAUGGUAUUGGCUCUGUAACCGGCAGCAUAUUAGGUGGACGUUGGUCCGAUCGGACACUUGCUCGGCUAAAGGCAGCGAACGGAGGGAUCAGUUUUCCAGAGAUGCGCCUUGAGAGUACAAAAGUCGCCAUGGUGUGGUUACCUCUUUCUGUGAUUGGAUAUGGCUGGGUGUGCCAAGAACGGGUCAACGUUGCUGCGAUAUGUGUGAUGCUUUUCCUCGCAGGAUUUUUAUCCAUAUGGAUCUACACGAGCACGCUGGCAUACAUUGUCGAUGCAAACACUGGUCGCUCAUCAACGGCAGUAGCGACCAACAGUUCUUUCCGCGGUCUGUCUGCUUUUGUUGCUGCUGAGAUUGCUGUUCCUCUACAAGAUAGUAUUGGCGACGGUGGUCUGUAUACGCUCUGGGCGGGGCUGUUAGUCAUUGCUAAUUGUAUUAUUCUACUGGUGUUGUACAAAGGCAGGAAGUGGAGAGAAGCCAGUGUUGAGCGGGAGAAGCAGAAGCUGGAUGGCAAGUAG